AUGAAGACAAAUCAAAGCGUCCUUAUCACAUUUGUGAUUCUUGUUUCUGUUGCUGGCUGUUUGAGCGCUCCCAUACAUAAAUUCAAUGGACGCGCUGGUGCCUUGAAAUAUGACACGAUUGUGGCAUUCGGCGACAGUACAUGUGAUAAUGGCAACGGUACAUACACAUUACUUAAUCAUACGUAUCCUCCUUCCCCUCCAUAUUAUAAUGGUCGCUUCUCAAAUGGCCCAGUCUUUAUGGAGUAUUUGUCAAAUAUAUUGAAUGCCACUUUGUACGAUUAUGCGUAUGGUGGAGCAACUAGUGACAACACCUAUGUGACGGGUGUAUCAGGAUUUAAUUACACUAGCGUUGUCCCCAGUGUUACUGAUCAGGUUAAAAAUAUAUACGGACCAAAAGCACUAAAGGGUGUAGAUUUUGACAAAAUAUUGUUUGUCAUAUCGUAUCAGGGCAACGAUUACCUCGAUAAUCCAAAAGCAGAUCCCCUAAUUGUAGUCUCCAAAUUAGCAGAGACAUGGUCGCUCCUUGCAUCAUACGGCGCCAAACAUAUCCUAACCAACACGUUUUUUGAUAUCUCAUUGAUUCCAUAUGCACGUACUCUCCCCACGGCAGUUCAGCUCGCUCUUAAAGCAAUCAGCGCUGCACACAAUGCCGCUCUUGUUGCUGCUGUGGAUAUUUGGAACGAGCAAGGCAAUGGUGCUGAAGUGUUACUGUUCCCGUUGGGCGAAAGUCUUGCUGGCCUACAACAACCGGAGAAGAUUGCGCAACUUGGAAUAACCGAUGUCACCAAUCCCUGCAUUACCAGACCUCCAGGCGCUACGAAUGCUGUCAAUAUACCAUGCGAAGAUCCAUCCAAAUUCUUCUUUUGGGAUUCGUUCCAUCCGACAACGAAAGUGGGUGAGCAAGUGGCGCUUUCGAUAUAUAAUUUCUUAGCAUCGUUGGCAUAG